AUGCAAGAAGCUGAUGGUGUAGAAGAUGAUGGUGUAGAAGGUGAUGGUGUAGAAGAUGAUGGUAUAGAAGAUGAUGCUGUAGAAGAUGAUGGUGUAGAAGGUGAUAAUGUAGAAGAUGAUGGUAUAGAAGAUGAUGGUGUAGAAGCUGAUGGUGUAGAAAGUGAUGGUGUAGAAGCUGAUGGUGUAGAAGAUGAUCGUGUAGAAGCUGAUGGUGUAGAAGAUGAUGGUGUAGAAGGUGAUAAUGUAGAAGAUGAUGGUGUAGAAGCUGAUGGUGUAGAAGAUGAUGGUGUAGAAGAUGAUGGUGUAGAAGCUGAUGGUGUAGAAAGUGAUGGUGUAGAAGAUGAUGGUGUAGAAGAUGAUGGUGUAGAAGAUGAUGGUGUAGAAGNAGAUGAUGGUGUAGACGGUGAUAAUGUAGAAGAUGAUGGUGUAGAAGAUGAUGGUGUAGAAGGUGAUAAUGUAGAAGAUGAUGGUGUAGAAGGUGAUGGUGUAGAAGGUGAAGGUGUAGAAGGUGAUGGUGUAGAAGGUGAAGGUGUAGAAGAUGAUGGUGUAGAAGCUGAUGGUGUAGAAGAUGAUGGUGUAGAAGAUGAUGGUGUAGAAGGUGAAGGUGUAGAAGAUGAUGGUGUAGCAGAUGAUGGUGUAGAAGAUGAUGGUGUAGAAGGUGAUAAUGUAGAAGAUGAUGGUGUAGAAGGGGAUGGUGUAGAAGGGGAUGGUGUAGAAAGUGAUGGUGUAGAAAGUGAUGGUGUAGAAGAUGAUGGUGUAGAAGAUGAUGGUUUAGAUGAUCAUGGUGUAGAAGAUGAUGGUGUAGAAGGUGAUAGUUUAGAAGCUGAUGGUGUAGAAGGUGAAGGUGUAGAAGAUGAUGGUGUAGAAGAUGAUGGUGUAGAAGCUGAUGGUGUAGAAGGUGAUGGUGUAGAAGAUGAUGAUGUUAAAGAAGAUGAUGGUGUAGAAGAUGAUGAUGUUAAAGGUGAUGGUUUAGAAGCUGAUGGUGUAGAAGCUGAUGGUGUAGAAGAUGAUGGUGUAGAAGAUGAUGGUUUAGAUGAUCAUGGUGUAGAAGCUGAUGGUGUAGAAGAUGAUGGUGUAGAAGCUGAUGGUGUAGAAGAUGAUGGUGUAGAAGCUGAUAGUGUAGAAGGUGAUGGGGUAGAAGAUGAUGAUGUUAAAGCUGAGGGUCUAGAAGCUGAUGGUGUAGAAGUUGAUGGUGUAGAAGCUGAUGGUGUAGAAGAUGAUGGUGUAGAAGGUGAUGGUGUAGAAGAAGAUGAUGGUGUAGAAGCUGAUAGUGUAGAAGAUGAUGGUGUAGAAGGUGAUGGUGUAGAAGGUGAUGGUGUAGAAGGUGAAGGUGUAGAAGAUGAUGGUGUAGAAGAUGAUGAUGUUAAAGCUGAGGGUGUAGAAGCUGAUGGUGUAGAAGGUGGUGGUGUAGAAGGUGAAGGUGUAGAAGAUGAUGGUGUAGAAGAUGAUGAUGUUAAAGCUGAGGGUGUAGAAGCUGAUGGUGUAGAAGGUGAUGGUGUAGAAGGUGAAGGUGUAGAAGAUGAUGGUGUAGAAGAUGAUGAUGUUAAAGCUGAGGGUGUAGAAGCUGAUGGUGUAGAAGAUGAUGGUGUAGAAGCUGAUGGUGUAGAAAAUGAUGGUGUAGAAGCUGAUGUUGUAGAAGAUGAUGGUGUAGAAACUGAGGGUGUAGAAGAUGAUGGUGUAGAAACUGAGGGUGUAGAAGCUGAUGGUGUAGAAGCUGAUGGUGUAGAAGCUGAGGGUGUAGAAGCUGAUGGUGUAGAAAAUGAUGGUGUAGAAGCUGAUGGUGUAGAAGAUGAUGGUGUAGAAACUGAGGGUGUAGAAGAUGAUGGUGUAGAAACUGAGGGUGUAGAAGCUGAUGGUGUAGAAGAUGAUGGUGUAGAAGGUGAUGGUGAACAAAUGUGA